AAACUGUAAAAGUAAAAUAAUAUUCUCUAUACUAGGUACUAUAAUAAUACUAGUACAUGAUCUAAAAAUAUAGUUGUAUUUAAAUAGGUAAUACCUUUAAAAAUUUCUAGGUGUCAGAGUUUUAGAAACUUACUCCGAGUACAUGGUAAAUUUGUUUUUACUGCAUGCACCUAUCAAGUUUUAAGUGUUAGAAGUGAAAAAUAUUAUAUAAGUAUAAUGAAAAUUGCCAUUGAAGGAUGUGCUCAUGGCGAGCUUCAGCAAAUCUAUAGUACAAUUGCCUUGAUUGAAAAUCGUGACAACAUAAAAGUAGAUUUGCUAAUAUGCUGUGGCGAUUUUCAAGCAACACGAAAUAUUGAUGAUCUUUCAGCAAUGGCAGUUCCACCUAAAUAUAGACUGAUGUGCACUUUUCACAAAUAUUAUACUGGAGAAUUAGUGGCACCAGUCUUAACUAUAUUUAUUGGUGGAAACCAUGAAGCUUCAAACCAUUUACAAGAGUUAAGCUAUGGUGGCUGGGCAGCACCCAAUAUAUACUAUAUGGGUUUGGCCGGUGUAAUUAAUGUUGGUGGUAUUAGAAUUGGAGGAUUAUCUGGUAUUUACAAAUCGAAUGAUUAUAUGCGAGGUAGAUUUGAAAAACAACCAUACACUGAACAAACAAAAAGAAGUAUUUAUCAUAUUCGACAACUGGAAGUAUUUCGAAUGAAACAACUGAAACAACCAAUUGACAUAAUGUUAUCACAUGAUUGGCCUCAAGGAAUAGAAAAUCAUGGAAAUUUAAAACAAUUACUUAAAUACAAACCUUUUUUUGAAACAGACAUUAAUGAAGGCAAAUUGGGUAGUAAACCUACACGAGAAUUAUUGGAUCAAUUAAAACCAAAAUAUUGGUUUGCUGCUCAUCUUCAUUGUAAAUUUGCCGCUAUAGUAAACCAUGCAUCAGAUGAUAAUGAAGAAAUGGAGAAAAGAUGUACUAAAUUCUUGUCCCUUGACAAGUGUUUACCAAAAAAAAGGUUCUUACAGAUUUUAGAUGUUCCUCAUGAUGAUUCUAAAUCAAUUAAUUUAAUGUAUGACCUGGAAUGGCUUUCAAUUUUGCGCCUUACCAAUCAUUUACUAAAUAUCAACAGUAACAUGUAUUAUUUACCAGGACCUUCUGCUUCAGAAAGAUAUGAUUUUACUCCAACUGAAGAGGAAAAGACUGCUGUUCUUAACAUGUUCUCUCAUGACUUGAGAAUCCCAAACAAUUUUAUUACUCUUGAAAAUUAUAGAUCUAAAACAAAUCCUCAGACAACUACUUUUUGUGACAAACUAAGUAUAGACGACCCUCUUGCUUUAUUAUUAGGGCAGUGGUCUCGUUCUAACUUAACUGAAAAUGAACCAGAAAUGGAUUCUACAUUUUCAUCAUUUGUAAACUCUACCGUGUGUUCAAAUAAUGAAGAUGAAUUAAUAGAUAAGACUUCAGAAAAAUUACCAAUGUCUCCAUUUGUGCUACCCGAACCAAAAAAUGAUAGCACAUGUUCAAAUAUAAAUGACAAUUCAUUUUUGGAUAAUUGCUCAAGCAUAACAAUGUCAAACACAUCUACAGAAGAAUCUUAUAAAGAUGUUCAUCAAUCACAGGAUUCCGUAGUGAAUAAUGGUUUAAAUAAUGAAGUAAAUAAUUCAGCCACUAAAACAAAAUGUUUAAAAAGAAGAAAUUAUCAACAAACUGAUGACAAUGACUGUGAUUAGUAUUAUAUUUUUUUUGAAUUUUUAACACCUUAAAUAUUGAUUUUCUAAUAAAUAAUUUGACAUGUUCA